UUUUAUUUCAAGAGGAUUCACUCGAGAAAGUCCUCCAAGGCAACACUAUAUGCCUUUGUCUCCCUGUUGGUCCCAUGACUCUUGUCUCAUAGCCCUUCCACUUUAAUCACUCAUCUAGUCAAUAAUUUCUUUCAAAUACAUUCAUCUAUAAAUAUUCAAGGCUGCAAGCAUUGAGGACAUAAAAAAAAAAUCAUAUUCUAAAGCAUUAGAAGUUCAAAAACUUGCAUCUUAUUUACAAGUUGAUCUUUUUUUACAUUGUUUUCCCGAGUCUCAACACAUACAACAAUGGGUUUUCGUUUACCUGGUAUCAGAAAGUCUUUAUUUGCAGCAAAUCCAGCAUCUUCAAAAGCAGUGGAUGCGCCAAAGGGCUAUCUUGCAGUUUAUGUCGGGGAUAAAAUGAAGCGGUUUGUGAUUCCUGUAUCAUACUUGAACCAACCUUCAUUUCAGGACUUAUUGAGUCAAGCUGAGGAAGAGUUUGGAUAUGAUCAUCCCAUGGGUGGCCUCACAAUUCCUUGCAGUGAAGAUGUCUUCCAACAUAUAACUUCAUGCUUGAAUUGACAAUAAAUCUCACACUUUAGGAGACUAACAUAGAUUAGUGGAAAUAUUUUUUGCUUUAGGCUUCUUCUAAACUUGUAUAAAUCUCCCUUUUUGGAGAACAAAGGAAAAGAAACAGAAUGACAUAAUCAUAGUGUUCCACAUUCUUUUGUGUAAUCAGUUAUUACAAUGAAUUCAACUACGCACGCAGCUCCGCUGUAUUUUCUGUUUA